UUCACGAUGUUCGCGUAACGUAACUGAACAUAGCUGAGGUAGAAUAGAUGAGCAUAGGUUACGUUGGGUUACGUUUGUAACCUGCGUUACCUACGUACGCAAACCCUCACCCACCCUCGUCAUCCCUCGCGCUCAAGGGUAUCGUGCCGUCAAUCGCAACACAUGGAGAGAACGAUGUCGGAGCAGACGGCUUCGCAGACGCAAACGGAAACAAUCUCCGAGCCAGACGUCACCGAUUCCGGAUCGCAGGAUGUACCUACUGUACGAUUACGUUUACGGAUGCCGAAAUCAAAUAAAAAGGUUCAAUGGACACAGGGGACCGUAGACAAUGAAAAUUUAAAUAAAAAAAAAUCAAAAUGUUGUUGUAUUUAUGAGAAACCAAAAACUUUUGGUGAAAGUAGUUCUGAAGACAGUGAUGAUGAAUGCGAACAUUGUCACGGACAUAAAGAUGCUCAUAAGAAAGUCUUACCGAAAUCUGGUGAUCCUGCGCGAGAAGGAAUGUCAUCACAUCCUGAACCCAUUGCAACAGGUUCAACAUAAGUGUUUUUAUGCUUAUAUACCUAUUGACAACUUUUCUCUAAAUGGAAAAUAAAUUCCUUUAUUUUCCAAUUAUUAUUUCUCGAGUCAGUAUGUAAUACAGAAAAAGAUGAUACUUUUUU